AUGGAGAACCUGCCCGUCGCUACCAUCAACAGGGUGGGCAUCCUGCUGGAGAUCUCGUUCAUCGGCAUAUACAGGUUUGCCUUGCAGCUGGUGCUUCCUGUGCUGGCGUUGUUUGGCUUGACUGCGGCUUUGUCGAGUUUCGUGGCCCAUACACACCACACGCGCAAGGUUUUUGUGGGCAGUGUUGGGCUGGUGGCUUCCAUAUCCAUGUACAGCUCUCCAAUGGUGGCAGCUAAGCGAGUCAUAACGACGAAAAGCGUGGAGUUCAUGCCGUUCUACCUGUCGCUGUUCUCCUUCCUGUCCAGCGCGCUCUGGAUGAUAUACUGGCUCCUCGGAAGGGACUUCUUCAUCGCGUCGCCAAACUUCAUCGGCGUUUUGAUGGGCAUGCUUCACCUGCUGCUGUACUGCAUCUACAGGAGAGGCGACGGGGCAGCAGCUGAAGCAGAGUUGCGUGUGCAUGGCGCCGCCGCUGGUCAGGAGAAGGGCCUGAAAGCAGCGGUGCCGAGGUGCAGCCGCAGGAGACAGCUGCGAGCAGUAGGGUCAAUCAAAAUGUCUGAAAUCAAAAUCACUUGUGACUUUCUUUACCUCAGUCUGCGGCCCAGCCCAACGGCCCAAGCCAACACCUCACUGGACUUUCCGUCUCCAAGGCGAAUGAAUAGAAAGUUGGGCUCAUGGGCUGUACGGCCACUCAGCAGCGACCCUCCAUGCUGUAAUGUCACAAAUCCUUAA